ACGAACCUGUCUAUCACAGCUAUACAAUUUUGAUUCCCAAAAGGUUCUGGGAACGUUUUUGUUUACAAAAGAACCUUCAGAGAACGUUCUUAGAACGUUAAUAAUUGGUUCCCAGAAAAUAACCUAGCGGAGUGUUUGCUGGGAUUUCAUGACAUAACCCCAGUGCUUUACAUUAAAAGAUGAGAUGAAAGAUGAGAGAAGAGCGCUCAACAAAAAUGUUUUAAACACCUGAAACAGAUGAAUAGACUGUCAGCUUUCGUGUCUCUGCCAAACAAUCCUCUCUCCUCCCCUCCUCUCUCCGUCUCUUCCCUGCUCUUUUUCUUCUCUCAUGUUGGCAGGUUCACGUAAGAUUUGGGAAUGGGGAAAGUCCUGAUGAGUGCAUGUAUCCUUCCUCACAGUGGUCUGCAGGAGAGAGGGAACUCCUCACUACACCCACUCCCGACGGAACCGCGCGCUGAGGUUUUUGUGUGUGCCAGUGGAAGAGGCUAUGCAGAGACAAAAAGAGUGUAUAAACAACUACAGCAAACAUCUGAUAUGGAGGAAAUGGAGAAAACAGUGAAUUUGGAAAAACAUCGUUGAUAAGUAUGUGGCAUCUUGUUUGACGUCAUCAGCAUCUCGUAGCCAUGCGGUACACAACACUGUUGACCAUCCUGGCAGCUGUGCUGCUGUAUUUGGUGUUGGGGGCUCUGGUGUUCGGCUGGCUGGAGUCCUCCAGGGAGGAAUGGGCUCACCGCGAGCUGCUGACGUCUCGAAUGGCUUUCCUACAGAACCACAGCUGCGUCACUCCUGACAGUCUGAAAGAGUUCACAGAGAAAGUGGUUGAUGCCAUUGAAGCAGGUGUGGAUGCCAGAAGCACAUCCAAUAGCACACUCCGUACCAGCAGAUGGGAUCCAUCCAAUGCUUUCUUCUUCUGUGGUACCAUCAUAACCACUAUUGGCUUUGGAAACAUUUCUCCCAAAACAAAAGGCGGUCAGUUGUUCUGUAUAUUUUAUGCUCUGGUGGGGAUCCCCAUGUUUGGAAUACUGUUAGCAGGGGUUGGAGACCACCUGGGCACCCUGCUGAGAAGAGCGGUGGCAAAGAUAGAGACUCUGUUCUUGCGUAAGGGUGUGAAGCCCACCAGCGUCCGUGUCAUCUCUGCUGUCUUCUCCAUCCUGAUUGGCUGCUUAGUCUUCAUUGCUGUGCCGACCAUGGUUUUUCAGGAAGUGGAGAGCUGGAGCCUGUUGGAAGCAGUGUACUUUGUCGUGAUCACCCUGACCACGGUGGGCUUUGGGGACUAUGUGGCAGAGAACAGGAGAGAUGGAACGCCCCUGUACAAGCCGUUGGUGUGGUUGUGGAUAGUGUUUGGUCUGGCGUAUUUUGCAUCUAUCCUCACUAUGAUUGGGAACUGGCUUAGAGUGCUGUCAAAGAAAACUCGUGCAGAGAUGGAGGAGCUGAGAGCCCAUGCAACAGACUGGACUCAGAACAUCCAGAACAUGUCCAUGGACUUCCGUAUUCCCGUGCCACUGGAUCUCAACGACCCCUUCCAGCUCCAACGGCGUCGUAGACGGAAGCAUCACCGCCAUCAUCGCCACCCAAGACUGAGCGCAGCGGGAUUGGCUCAUGGAAUCUCUCUCGAUGCCGAUGUUAUCCGAGAGAAUGGACACCUGAUUCUCGGCUGGCCUGCGUGCAAGUACACCCCAGGGUCUGAUAUCAGGUCUGAAGCACUGUCCCGAUCCAGGUCGUGGUGUAGGUUAGAUGGGGCGUAUGAGGUGAGACCAGGAUCGAGGCUGACGGUAGGACCAGCGUCAAGAUCCGUCUCGAGGUUAGAGCUGAAACCACCAUCAAGACCCGGAUCCAGAGCCAUUUCCAGGUCCCCUUCAGAAUCUGGAACCGGAUCAGUCUCUGGAUCCGAGACGCCGUCGGAAGCCUGGUCAGAAUAUGAAUACGAGUCAAAUUCGCGUAACUCAGAAGACCUGGAGUCUGGAGCUGAAGGGACUCUCAGAUCACUGGAAAGUCGGAAGGAUGUUCCUGUCGUCGUGGUUGACAGCUGCGGUCCACCUCAUCCCUCCCUUCUGGACUUCUUUGGUGAGAACCUGGCGUACAUUGACGAGUCUUCGGACGCUCUUAGUGAUCGGGUCAAACCUGCUAGACAGAACCGCCAACGCAAAGCCAAGAGGAGGAGCAUGACGAGACAGAUUCCCCACUCACAUCCUGUCAGACUGCAGAGGGAGAUCAGUAGUGAACUACAACCUCCAUCGCACCCUCCAACACCUCCUCCUCAAACCUGAAAAAUAAAUAUCUGACCAAAGGUUCUGUUAGCUUUCAGCAUCACAGUUUGAAGAUUCCACACAUGACUGAUGCAGACCAUCACAAAUAUGCGUGUAAAUAUAGUAAAUAAAAAAUUAAAAUGGUUUGUGCAUUGUACAAAAACAGUUCAUGCCUACCAGGCAAACAUAAAUGUGGUUUUGUUCAGAAUAGCAUACUACCAUUUUUGUAUGUGCUUUUGUCAAAGGUUUGGGGUAAAACUAUUUGUUUUUUUGUUUUGUUUUUUUUGUCCAAGGCUGCAUUUAUUUGAUC